AUUGUCUGUGGUGAAUUUUCAAAUCGUGGAACAACGGAAACGGUUGAUUUGCGAAAAGAAUAAAAUAUGUAAUUAUUAUAAAAAUAAAAAUAACUUGAGAAAUCCUGUGACAAUAUUGACUUAAAAUAAAUAUUUAUUAAAAAUAUUAACGAAUUUACCAGUUAAAGUGUAAACAUUCACGAUGCAGAGCACUUCUGUAAGCAAAUAUCACUUAAAUGAACUACAAAUAUUAAUAAGUAAAAUGCCGCUGCAAGGCUGCUACACUCUGGUUCUGCCGGAGUUUGGUCUGAACUGGAGCGCCGUGUCCCGAGCGGUGAGGAAUGCCCGGCUGCCGAUGACACCCGCCAGUGUUGCCAGUGUACUGAAAAAGCAUGCCACCAAAGCCCUCACUAAUAACGAAGUUGCAGACAUUACUGCACGGUUGAGACUAAAAUCUGUAGCCAUCAGAGCCAGGACUUGGUAUGUGAUCACUCUAUCAGACAAGGAUACAGAUGAACCUGUGAAUACACUUGUGAGAAAGAUACCUGGCCGGAUCGCUCAUGCUCUGAAGGCAAAUGUGGCCAAUGCUAAUAAAAAACCACAGGUGCAUUCUAUAAAAGUAGAUGGCCUCAUCUUUAUCAGUGUACAGAUGGCAACGAGUGCUCAUCAAAGCGGCAUAUUGUAUGUGGCCAGUCCGCCUGGCCAGGAUGUGGCGUUGGUCAGCACAUUGCAUUCCACCAUGCUGCGACCCACUGUCCAAGGUCUAGGCUACAGAAAGUUUGAGGACGCUCAGUUGAACGGCAAAGACAUACCGUCCUUACUCAACAUCAUAGACAGUGGUACCAACACGGCCAACAUUGCCAACAUGCCCGAGUACGUUGGAGUACCCUGUGUAGUACGAGGCGGGUACGACUUCACCAACCGCCACGCGUCCAGGGAAUACUUGUCGCAAAUGUUUGGACCAAGCAUGCCAAUAUUGGACACGUUGACUCUCCAAUCGGAGUCGGACUUCUAUGACCCUGCAAUAUUAAACAAAAAAAUGAAAGUGACACUCAAAAUCAAAGCAGACGACACGUUCAAGGUACUUCAGCAAUGGGUGGAGGAUCGCGUCAUACAGCCCACGUCAGAAAUAUUCCACGCCUUCCAUACCCUCAAGAGCAAUCAGAUACAGUUCUCACAGAACAGUGAUGACGAAUAGAACAAUAGAACCUCGCUAAUCCGGACAGGGAAUAUGGUUGUCUACUGUACUAUUCCAGAGCCUCAUUAAUCUACACAGGAAAUAGAGUUGCCAACCGUAUUAUUUUAGAGCCUCGUUAAUCCGGACAAGACGCGUUCAAGGUACUGCAGCAAUGGGUGGAGGAUCGCGUCAUACAGCCCACGUCAGAAAUAUUCAACGCCUUCCACACUCUCAAGAGCAACCAGAUACAGUUCUCGUAGAGCAGUGACGAUUAAUAGAUCUAUUUCUUUUUUUGAUUACAAUAGAACCUCAUUAAACCGGACAGGAAAUAUGGUUAUGAACUAUACUAUUUUACACCCCCAUUAAUCUGGACAGAUAAUAGGGUUGCCAACGGCAGUAUUUUAUAGCCUCGUUAAUCCGGACAGGAAAUAUGGUUGUCAAGUGUACUAUUUUACAUCCUAUUUAAUUUGGACAGGAAAUAGGGUUGGGAACUGUACUAUUUUACAUCCUCGUUAAUCCGGACAGAAAAUAGGGUUGCCAACCAUAAUAUUUUUGGGCCUUAAUAAUCCAGAAUGGAAAAUAUGAUUGCCAACCGUACUAUAUUUUAUAUUUAUAAUAAUAUGUAGGGCCGUAGGUAAUUAGUUUUGAUAAAGUAAUUAUUUCAUUAUUAAAGUAGAAUUAACAAAAUUAUUUUGGACAUAAGUAAAUUGUUGACGGUUAGGCCUGGGCCAGGGAUGGGCAUUCCUUGGACUUUUGGACUUUUAAAAAUAUAUUUAUCUAUUCUUCAAAACAUAAUAUUAUUAUCAUUUUGGCUUAGGGCGGGUAUCCUUGGCAGGUUUGCUCCACUCCUAGAUCUGGGGACGAUUUGAAACUAUUUUAAGGACUGUAUAUUUGUGUAUAUAAAUUAAUUACCUAUUAAUUAACUGAAUUGAUGUACCUUUUUUGAUUAAUUAACUAAAUAUUGAUGAUGUACCUUAUAAUGUUUAAUUUGAUUUCUAAGAUUAAAGAAAAUACAUAAUUUAAUUACAAUUGA